AAAGGGUAAUCAAGCACUAUUUAAAGUUAGUCAACGAGGCAUUCAUGGAAUGCAAGUUCCGAUUCCGUUUAUGAACAUCUUAUUUUUCAUCGCCACCGCUUCUUCGAGCUACCCAGCCAGCAACUAGUAUAUCCCUUUGCACCAGUUAGCCACCAAAACUAUAAAAAAGAAAUGCUCAACAACCUACCACAACUUGUUGAAACUCAUUCCAAUUGAAAUGCACUCUCAUUUUCCACCCAAAAAAUCACAACAAACUGAAACUCCAACAGAAAACGGUUUCCAACAAUGACGCUCUCUACUUCUCACCACCUCUUCCCACAUUCUUUCUGCUUCACCAGAACCACCAUUGCUCCCGCCGCCUGUUUCCGAACUUCGAGCCUCAACUCAUUCGGACUUCACAGGUUCGGAUCCUUCACGACCCGAACUACCGAUGCGUUUCAUCUCAAAACCCGCGAAUCCGAAGUCUAUGUGCAGAAACGCGUCGUCAGCAGCGAUCACAAUUUCGACUCUCUUCUAUCGGCGGUGGAGUUGUCGUGCCUGGUUUCAUCGGCAAUUGUUUCGGUUGAUUUGGCGGUAAAUGGAUCGAAGAAUUGGUUGUUGAUGGUGAGUGGUAACAAGGUGAGUGUUGUGUGGGGGGUUUUGAUGUUGAUGAGUGGGGUUGCGGUUGGACUUGGGGCGUGGAUUCGGAGGCGGCAAUGGAGGCGGCUUGGUAGGGAGAGUGGGAAAGGUGGAUUGAUGGAGAGGGUUGAGAAAUUGGAGGAAGAUUUGAGGAGUACUAUGAGAGUUCUUAGGGUUUUGUCGAGACAUGCUGAGAAAUUGGGGAAAAGGAUUCGGGGUACACGCCACGCUUUGAAGGAUCCAAUCACUCAGUCUGCAACUGUAGCACAGAAGAACUCUGAGGCUACAAGAGCUGUAGCGGUGCAAUAUGAAAUUUUGGAGAAGGAGAUUCGUGAAAUUCAAAAGGUUUUACUAGCGAUGCAGGAACAACAAGAAAAACAGCUUGAUCUGAUUCUCUCGCUUGGGAAGCCUGGUAAGCCGUGGGAAAUUAAAGACAAAACUCUUAAAGAGCAAAAUACAUUAGAAACUACUAACUCAGCUGAGGAUGAGGUAGAGCAUGUGGAAGACCACCAAAUCUGAAGUUUGGGUUUAGUUAAGGGAGGAAAGUUCAUGAAAUUUCGAAGUGGCAAAUCUUGGUGCCAUUCUUCCUUGGUUCCUUUAAUUUCUUUGUACAUUGAAUUGUUGAUUACUCAUUUUUUUUCAGAGUUCAUAAAGUUUGCUGUGGAUAUAGGUUAGGAGAAAUUACUCAAAACUAUUGAUAGGGAUAGUAUGAAUUGGUUCUUUGCAUGUACUUCUGUUUCAAGUUUUGUAAAUUUCAUCUUCAAAUUCAUUAUUUUUUAAUAAAUCUUCAAAAUUCAUUCUA